AGAGAGAGAGAGGAGCGAGAGAGCUCAGAAGUUCAGAAAAUGGCGGAUGUGAAGGACUCAGCGAUUGCCAAGUAUGGAAUCGUAGGGAUUGGGAUGAUGGGAAGAGAACAUCUCAUCAAUCUUCACCAUCUUCGAGACCAAGGCCUCGCCGUCGUUUGCAUCGCCGAUCCUCACCCUCCCUCACAGCUCCUCGCUAUUGAACUCGCUCGAUCUUUUGGUUGGGAACUCAAGGUUUUCUCAGGGCACGAAGAGUUGCUGAAGAGUGAGAUGUGCGACGUGGUUGUUGUGUCUUCUCCAAAUAUGACCCAUCACCAGAUUUUGAUGGACAUUAUCAACUAUCCAAAACCUCACCAUGUUCUUGUUGAGAAGCCCUUAUGCACGACAGUUGCAGAUUGCAAACAGGUUCUGGAGGCUGCAAAGAAAAGGUCAGAUAUGGUGGUGCAAGUUGGGUUAGAGUAUAGAUACAUGCCACCAGUAGCUAAGCUUAUAGAAAAAGUAAAAAGCAGAGUCUUUGGUAACGUCAAGAUGGUGGCAAUCCGAGAACAUAGAUUCCCUUUCUUGAUUAAGGUGAACAACUGGAAUAGAUUCAAUGUGAACACCGGAGGGACCUUAGUGGAGAAAUGCUGCCACUUCUUUGAUCUAAUGAGGCUCUUUGCUGCUGCAAAUCCUGUAUGUGUGAUGGCUUCUGGAGGCAUGGAUGUUAACCACAAGGAUGAAGUUUAUGAUGGGAAGGUGCCUGAUAUAAUUGAUAACGCAUAUGUUAUAAUCGAGUUUGACAAUGGAUGUCGUGGGAUGCUUGAUCUUUGCAUGUUUGCUGAAGGAAGCAAAAACGAGCAAGAAAUCUCUGUUACUGGUGACAUUGGAAAGGGGGAGGCACUUGUUCCAGAGGGCAUAGUUCGAUUUGGGAGUCGUGCAGAAGGAAGAGAACACGUUCAAACGAUAAAAGCUGAGGAUGAAAGAAUAAAAUAUGAAGGGUUGCAUCACGGGUCAAGUUACCUGGAACAUCUCAUAUUCUUAUCGGCGAUCAGAGGUGAAGGACGAGCAGCUGUUGAUUUGGAAGACGGAUUGAUGGCUGUUGCCAUGGGAGUUGCUGCACAGCUCUCCAUUCAGGAGCGCCGCUAUGUAUCCAUUGACGAGGUCUUGUGA